AUGCCCGGAGGUCUCCAGCAAGACGGUGACGGCAACGUCACGGCGCUCGACUGCAGCGGCCGUGGCCUCACCGAGCUCCCUCCGUUCCUCGCCGACGGCCGGCUCGAUCGCUUGCAGAUGCUCCGCCUCUCCGGCAACGCCCUGCGGUCGCUUCCACCGCCUGUCUUUGAGACGGGCUCGCUCACCGAGCUGGCGGCCGGCUCCAACCACAUCGCCGCGCUGCCCGAGGAGAUCGGCCUCUGCAACCGGCUUGCGAUCCUCGGUCUCAGCGGAAACACGCUCGCGGCUUUGCCGCCGUCGAUCGGCCAGUGCAGCGCGCUGCGCACGCUGAGGCUAUCGGACAACCGGCUCACGGCGCUUCCCGAUAGCCUCGGCGGCUGCGCCUCACUCACAGAGCUCUACGUCUCGCGGAACGACUUGCGAGCGCUGCCCGCAGCGGUCGGCCGCUGCCCUCUGGUCACGGUCGCCGCCACCAACAACGCGCUGACGGGCCUGCCCGACGGGCUGCUCGUGACGCUCAACCUCAACGGGAACCGCCUCACCGCCCUCCCCGCCUCCUUCGCUCGGCUCGGCCAGCUGGUGACGCUCGGCCUCGGCGCCAACCGCAUCGCCUCCCUCCCCGCCGACCUGUCCGGCCUCACCCAGCUGAGGACCCUCCAGCUGGGGGAGAACCGCCUCUCGCUCCUGCCCUCCUCCCUCGGCGCGACGGCUCUAGACGCCUCUCCUCCAGGAGCAUGCCUCGAGCUGGAGGACCUCGGCCUCGCGCAAAACGUCCUCCUCUCGCUUCCGCCCGCCGCGUGCCGCUUGCCGCGGCUCCGCUCCCUCGUCCUCGCUCAAGCAAAGUUCACCGCCCUGCCGGCGGAGGCGGGCGCGCCACGCGCUCGCGCUCUUGGCUCCCUCUCGACCCUCCUGCAGCUCGAGGUCUCGGGCUCGAAGCUGCAGUCGCUCCCCGACUCGCUCUGCGACCUUGCCUGCCUCCGCUCGCUCCGCGCCUCGGACUGCCGCCUCGCCGCCCUGCCCGAGGGGCUGGGCAGGCUGCGCGCGCUGCAGGCGCUGCGCGUCGACGGCAACCGGCUGACGCGGCUGCCGGAGCGGCUGGGCGACGCGUCGCUGCUGGCGGAGGUGUGGGCGGGAGGCAACUUGCUCGACUGCUUGCCCGCGUCGCCCUCUCGGGCCAGUCUCCAUGCAGGCCUCUCGUCGAACCGGCUCGCAUCGCUGCCCGACGGGCUCUGCGACUGCGCGGCCCUCGUCCACCUCCUGCUCGACGACAACCAGCUCGCCAGCCUGCCGGCGCGGCUGCACGCGCUGGCCGCACACUUCUUCGCGCGCUACGCCGACGCUUACGACCUGCGCGCCUUCCUGCACGUCUGGCCGAUUCGCGGCGCGGUGGGCAACAACUUUUCGCAAGAGGCGGACCGCUGCGCGGAGGCAACACGCUGCGACACACGAGCAAGACGCCACGAGCCGCUGGACACGGAGCGACUCGCGCGUUGCUACCCCGACGGCGCGGUCAUCGAGCUGGCCGACUUGCGCCUGUGGGUGAGCGAGGACGCCGAGGGGCACGACGGCCGCUUCUACAACCAGUGGGCGAUGCUGCAGCGCUGCCACGAGCUGAUGGUGCGCUCGCUCGGCGCGGCGGCACCCGACUAUGUGAUCCGCGGCCGGCCCGACCUGCGGCCGUCGUGCAUCCCGCGGCCGCUCGAGGCGUGCGGCGGCGGCUCGCCGUACCUGGCGCUGCAGGACUACCUGUGGGGGUCGGACGCCUACUUUUACGGCGACGCCGCCACGAUGGCCACAAUCUGCACCCUCGCGCAGCGGCGCUCUCGCGAAGUGGCGGCUUGGACUGUUGCGCAGGACGCAUCCGUGACGUGUGCGCGACCACCGCUCCACCGUAGGUACGAGGAGAUGACGGCCAGGCUCGGGCACGCAUCCUCGGAGCCGAUGAUGGAGGCGCACAUCAAGGACCAACGCCUCAACGUCGUCCACUUCUCGCGCUGCUUCAGCAUCGACCGCAGCUGA